AUGUCCACUCCAGCUUCAACCACCGCGAACGCGGAAUCCGCGCCACAAAACACGAAACAAGACUACGGAGGUAGGCGAAAGCCAAACUUCAAACGACCGCACAACAUGGUCAGCAACACACUGCCGCCACCAAGAAUGAAAUCGACCACUGAAACACCUUUGACAAAUGAUCCGUUAUGGAAAGACUCAUUUCUUAUAGACGGCGAAACAGGUUUCGUGAACGAGCUGAGCUCUAACGCCUUUAGUACACCUACGCAUUCGUAUGCGGUAGCGAAACAACGACAAAACUUUAAAACUAUGAAAAAUAAAUGGAGAAACCUAAGGGACACUUAUAAAAAAUAUAAACAGGGUCAGCAAACAAGCAGUGGACAAGCCGCGAAGAAGCUUGCUAAUUGGCAAUGGGCUGAACAGAUGUCGUUCAUAGAUUCAUCCACAAACUUGAGACAAACUGAAAGUACACCGGAUACCAGUACUAUAUCUAUAGAGAAUGAUUAUGAAAAUUCUACAGAAGCCGAACAGGUUUCAAAUAAUGAACAGAACGAGCUCGUCGUUCAAGAACUGGAGACAGCACGGUCUACAACUGAAACUGCAAAUGAAGUAUCCCGGAGAAGACGACGCCGUAGGGCCAUUUCGGAAGGAAGGGCGACGGCCCAGACCCACGGUCUCUAUGAGACCCUGCCCCGCCCCGGCAAUCGUCUACCAACGUGUGGUAGAGGAUUUGCAGUCGAGCCAACGAGGUGGUCAAGAGAGCGACCACUGGAUGCUAGGCGCCAUCACACCGGCCGACCGAGCACGACCAGCGCCAGCCGCCCCGCUGCAGCGCAGCCUCCCGCGGGACGCCGCAAGCGAGCAGAAGCUCGAGCAGAGGCAGAACUCGAUGAGGAGAAUGACGACGAAGGAGGAAGCGAGCCGCUUGAAGAGGAGACAGAUGAUGAAGCAGACCGCGUGCUCCCAAACGUGAACCUGUUAGGAUGGCGGAGGUCCAAAUCCCUCAACGCUAACCAAUUAGGCGAAAUCAACGACGUGAUUGUCCCAGACCCGGAUGAUAAUAUCAUCAUACAUCGCUACAAGAUAAACCGCGAACUGUUCGAACUCGUAGAACGUCGUUUGCGUGAGUGA